GUGAUGGCUGCCGCCGCUGACGACGACCACUACUUCUACGACGGGCACCAUCGGCAGGCAGCUUCAUCCGAUUGUAGAGGUCGUUCCACUCGUAGUUGGUCUCUUCGUUCGAUUGUUGGUACACAGAACCUGCCGGAAUGCUUCGUCAAGUGUCUAAAGGAGGAGCUUUGGCCCUACGAUCAAAAUACGUAGCUCCCAUCGGUGUUCGGGCCUUGUCUGAUCAUCAGCUUCCAACACAUCUGCAGUAUGUUCCCGAGGCGCAGGAUCCAUCCUUUUUCCACAUGGUGGAGUACUUCUAUCACAAAGGAUGGCAGAUUGUCGAGGAUCAGCUGACAGAGGAGAUCAAAGGCAAGAUGACGCCUGAAGAAAAAAGGAAGAAGGUCCGCGGAUACCUGGAGCUCCUGGGCCCGUGCCACGCCGUACUUGAGGUCUCGUUCCCUCUGAAAAGAGAUAAUGGAGAAUAUGUUAUGAUUGAGGGCUGGCGAGCGCAGCAUUCGCUGCACAGGACUCCUUGCAAGGGAGGCAUCCGUUAUUCGACCGAUGUGUGCCUCGACGAAGUGAAGGCCCUAUCGGCUCUGAUGACGUUCAAGUGCGCCGUUGUGGACGUACCUUUCGGUGGUGGCAAGGCGGGACUGAAAAUCAACCCGCGCGACUUCAGCGAACACGAGUUGGAGAAAAUCACGCGUAACUUCGCUCUCCAACUCUCCAAGAAAGGUUUCUUGGGCCCCGGGGUCGAUGUACCCGCUCCCGACAUGGGAACUGGAGAGAGAGAAAUGUCCUGGAUUGCGGACACGUAUGCUCAAACAAUCGGUCACACCGAUUUGAACGCUCACGCUUGUGUCACCGGAAAGCCAAUCAAUCAGGGAGGUAUCCACGGACGUGUAUCCGCCACCGGAAGAGGUGUCUUCCACGGCCUUGACAACUUCAUUAACGAAGCGUCCUACAUGAGUCAAAUCGGGACCACUCCGGGUUGGGGGGGCAAGACCUUUAUUGUGCAAGGUCUCGGAAACGUGGGUCUUCAUUGCACCCGUUACCUUACGAGAGCCGGUGGAAAGUGCAUCGGUAUCCAGGAGGUCGACGGUGCCAUCUACAACCCCAACGGAAUCGACCCCAAAGAAAUUGAGGAAUGGAAAAUCGCGCACGGAACCAUCAUGGGCUUCCCCGGCGCGGAAACCUACACCGGAGAGAACAUCAACUACGAGCCUUGCGAUAUUCUCGUACCCGCUGCCAUGGAGAAAGUCAUCACGAAAGACAAUGCCCACAAAAUCCAAGCCAAGAUCAUCGCCGAAGCUGCCAAUGGACCUACCACACCUGCCGCGGAUAAAAUCCUCAUGGAUAGGAAUAUCCUCGUGAUCCCCGACCUGUACAUCAAUGCGGGCGGUGUCACCGUUUCUUACUUCGAGUGGUUGAAAAACCUCAACCACGUCUCGUACGGCCGACUCCUGUUCAAAUAUGAGCGAGAAUCCAAUUAUCACCUCUUGCAGUCCGUUCAAGAGUCUCUUGAACGACGUUUCGGAAAGAUGGGUGGGCACAUUCCGGUCACCCCAUCGGAAGCCUUCCAGAAAAAAAUCUCUGGAGCUUCGGAAAAGGAUAUUGUGCACUCUGGUCUAGAUUACACGAUGGAACGAUCGGCCCAGAGAAUCAUGAGGACCGCUCACAAAUACAAUCUCGGUCUCGAUCUGCGCAGUGCCGCCUACGUGAACUCGAUCGAGAAGAUCAUCCUCACCUACUCACAGGCUGGACUCACUUUUACCUAAGUUAUGUUUCAUGGGACCCUGGCUCGGAAUGGGCGAAUAAAAAUAAAUCAUGAACCAAUGGAACU